GUAACGAGUGACUAGACAAGUCCUCCGUACCGCUGGAGGUGACAGAGUCACGUGGGAUGUGUAUUGGAGGAGCAGAGACGAGCUGAGGACCACUGCAGUGCUAUUAUGAAUGGGAACAAGAUCUGUGCUCAAGUCGUCAUAAGUGGAUUAAAGGGUAACCUACCCUGAGCUGACAAAUGACUUUUAGAAAUUGUAGUCUUCUCAGCAACAUACAUCAUGGCAUCUCUAACAUGUUUAUCGGCAUCAUGCUGGAGAAUCCUGGUUGCCCGUAGGAUUUCACUUUGUGCAUAUACAUCCUCUUCAUUGGGAAGUUUUCCUAAUUGCCAGGUCACCACAAAGGCAUUUCUACAUCAUGAUGUGGCAGCACCAACAUGUGAUGUGGAGCACAGGAAAAACUUUGUACUGAAGACUCCAAAAGGCACACAUGAUGCUGACCCCAAGCAAAUGGCCCUUCGAGAGAAGGUGUUCAGCAUAGUAUUGAAUUGCUUCAAACGCCAUGGAGCAGAGGGCAUUGACACGCCUGUCUUUGAGCUUAAGGAAACUCUUAUUGGAAAAUAUGGAGAAGAUUCCAAACUUAUCUAUGACCUGAAGGAUCAAGGAGGGGAGCAGCUGUCCUUGCGCUAUGAUCUGACUGUCCCUUUUGCACGAUAUUUGGCCAUGAAUAAAAUCAGCCACAUAAAACGUUACCAGAUUUCUAAAGUUUACAGACGAGACAAUCCAGGCAGUGGGCGCUACAGAGAAUUUUAUCAAUGCGAUUUUGACAUUGCUGGGCACUACGACCCUCUGCUCCCGGACGCCGAGUGUCUGAAGAUUAUGUAUGAGAUACUCAGUGAGCUGGAACUGGGAGGGUUUCUCAUUAAGGUAAAUGACAGAAGACUUCUCUAUGGAAUUCUCCUAACAUGUGGUGUUCCAGAUGCCAAAUUCAGAACGGUGUGCACCUCCAUUGACAAGCUGGGCAAGGUUCCUUGGGACAAGGUCAAGAGUGAGAUGAUCGAGGACAAGGGUUUAAGUCCAGAGACUGUAGACCGAGUGGGUGAAUACAUCAGACUUAACGGUGGCUUGGCACUGCUAGAACACCUAUGGGACGAUUCAGUAGUUUCUCAAAACUCAGUGGCAAUGGAAGCACUGAAGGAUCUUAAAUUACUUCACAACUACUUGGAAAUCUUUGGAGUGGCAGAUAAGGUCUCUUUUGACCUAGGCCUGGCCCGUGGUUUGGAUUACUACACCGGAGUGAUCUAUGAAGCUGUGCUGGUUGAUACUGACAGGAUAACUGAAUUUGGCAGCAUAGCUGCAGGGGGGCGUUAUGAUGACCUGGUGGGGAUGUUUGAUGCCAAGGGCAGAAAAGUACCAUGUGUGGGGAUCAGCAUUGGAAUUGAGAGAAUACUAUCUAUGGCAGAGAAGAAAGCCGAGGAAUCUUUUAAGAAUAUGCGAACCACAGAAACUCAAGUUCUGGUGGCUUCAGCACAGCCACAUUACGUAGAGGAGAGGAUGAAACUUAUUACUAUGCUCUGGAACUGUGGUAUCAAAGCAGAGAUGCUUCACAAGAAAAACCCUAAACUACUGUCCCAGCUGCAAUACUGUGAGAGGACAGGCAUUCCACUGGUGGCCAUUAUUGGUGAGCAAGAGCUUAAAGACGGAGUAGUAAAGUUGAGAGAUGUUGCAACACGAGAGGAGGUCAACAUUCCCAGGGAGUAUUUAGUAGAAGAAAUCCAGAAACGGACAAGUUAACAGCAGUUCACUGAAAGAUUCUCAUCCACAGGAUUUACUAGUCAUAAAAUAAAAAAGUCAACAUGUACGCUCAAACAGAGGGGGUCAUUUAUUAUCAGAUAUACCCCAAUUUUUGGCGUAUAUCUGGCGCACAUUGUGGCGCAAAGGUUAAUUGCGG